AUGGCUUCCAUAGUAGCAGGGAAAGCGUUGCAGAAUGUUUUCAGCAAAAGCUGUUUUAUAAGGAAUUGUUUUCCCGCAGUUCAUCACUUAUCACGAUGUCAGUAUGCUGCGGAGGCCAGUCGUCCAGGAGUUGCCCAGGUGGACAACAUGAUGGAAAUUGGCACCAGAACUUUGUUCAGCGAGGAGCAUGACAUGUUCAGACAGACUGUGAGGAGGUUCUUUCAGGAAGAAGUAGUUCCACACCAUGCUCAGUGGGAACAGGAUGGCAAUAUCAGCAGAGAGGUAUGGGCAAAGGCAGGGGAGACUGGAAUUCUUGGUGUUAAUACUUCAGACAAGUUUGGUGGCAUAGGUGGAGAUGUUCUUUCAGCAGCCAUCACAUGGGAGGAACAGAGUUACUCUAACUGCUCAGGGCCUGGGUUUGCCCUCCACUCAGACAUUGUAAUGCCAUAUAUCACAAACUAUGGAACACCGGAGCAGAUAGAGAAGUUCAUCCCUAGAAUGACAGCUGGGACAUGUAUUGGUGCUAUUGCUAUGACAGAGCCCGGAGCUGGCAGUGAUUUGCAAGGAAUUCGAACUACUGCUAAAAAGGAUGGGGAUGACUACAUUCUUAAUGGUAGCAAAGUAUUCAUUACUAACGGUUACAUGAGUGAUGUUGUCAUAGUUGUUGCCAUCACCAAUUCUGAUGCAAAGUCAAAAGCCCAUGGUAUCAGUCUCUUUCUCGUAGAAGCAGGCAUGCCUGGUUUCAAAAAGGGGAAAAAACUGCAUAAAAUUGGCAUGAAGGCCCAGGACACAGCAGAGCUUUUCUUUGAAGAUGUCCGUCUGCCUAAAUCUGCACUGCUUGGAGGAGAGAACAAAGGCUUCUACCUAUUGAUGAAUGAGUUACCACAGGAACGCCUUCUCAUCGCUGACAUGGCCAUGGCAUCUUGUGAAUGGAUGUUUGAGGAGACACGUAACUAUGUCCUUGAAAGGAAAGCUUUUGGAAAGACUAUCUCAAACCUUCAGACAAUUCAGCACAAGCUUGCCGAGAUCAAAACAGAAGCGGCAGUUGGUCGUGCUUUUGUCGAUCAGUGUCUUGAUAUUCACAACCAGCGUGGACUAGAUUCUACCAUGGCAUCUAUGGCCAAAUACUGGUGCUCAGAUCUUCAGAAUUCCAUUGCUACACGUUGUCUUCAGAUGCAUGGAGGAUGGGGAUAUAUGUGGGAAUACCCUAUUGCCAGGGCUUUUGUUGAUGCUCGAGUACAACCUAUCUAUGGAGGCAGUAAUGAAAUCAUGAAGGAAUUGAUCGCAAGGACUGUUACAACCAGAAAAUAAAAAAUACAUUAAGUACAUAAACUUGAUAAAAAAAAAUCAAGCAGAUAAAUGAACAAUUUAGCUUUUCUUAUUAAAAUGAAAGAAAUGAAAUAAGGAACCUUGUACAUAAUGCAGCUGGUUCUGUUUGAUAUCAUUCAUUAUAUGGACAAAAAGAUUGGGAGUUACAAUUUCUGAUUUGUUAUUUCAUUUUGUUCAUUAUCUUUAAACAUUGCAAUUAAGUAUACAUAUUUUUCAUUUUUUGUUUACUCUCUGUAUUGCAGCAGUUGACUCGUGUACAAAAUUUACAAUCUCAGGACUUUUUGCUAUUGAGGCUUAUGAUUUGUUUAUAAAUCAACAUUAAUAUUUGACACAAGUUGUCGGGUGUAUCUGAAUGCCAUACCUGAUGUUCUGUUAGGCCUAAUUGUUGGGUAUGAUUGGAUUGCCAUAUUAAAUAUAGGGAUUAUUGCAGUGUGAGUAUGAUGGGAUGAUCAGUAUGGCAGGAUUGGCGUUGUGUGUAUUGAUGAACAUCAAUUUGAAGUAACACUGAAUUCCUACAUGUUUCUUUAAACCCAAAAUCAUAAUUAAUGAAAGAAGAAGGUGUUGAAGACUAUCUGUAAUCAUCGUUUGGAAUUACAAAACAAACAAUUUCCUAACAUUACCAUAGCAUUCAUCUGCAUUACUUAUAUAUUUAAAUUUUUUUGUUUUUUUGUCAUUGAAUGAGUAUUCCGUGUGAUUUUAUGCUCUGAAUUGAACCAUGUCAUCCCAGUGCUGAUUGGAUGUUGAAUACCCAGUAUUGAGAUUUUUUUGGACAAUGAUAAUAUGACAUACAUGUAUAUUAUAAAAGUCUCUAAAUAUGACUAAUUAUUUUCAUACAAGUUUACUUCAGAGAUUUUGAAAGCAGCUCUCAAAUAAAUUGAAAGGAGUUGAAGUUUGAAAACAGUAUAUAUUACAUCUGUACUAGUUUCGGUUAAUUACAAAUAAAUGUGCUUUUAUUUAAUAUUGAUGUAUACCGGUAUAUGUAAUGUACUAGUUAACAGGAAUCUUUAUUAUCUGUGAUCUGUAUUUAGAUUAGAUGACAUCUGUUUACAUAUUAAAUACAGAUAAUUGUUAUACAUAUCUAUAAUUGUUUGAUUAAA